AUGUCGGACUUCCAUGAGAUUCUUUUAGAAGGUCUCGGAUUCACUCCUCUUCGCCCCUUCUCCCGGUCCCUUCCAACGGCCCCGCGGGGCGAGGAGGAAGCGGAGCCGCCGGCGAAGCGCGCGCGGCGGAUCUGGGCGAUCCUGCGGCCGCCGAGUGAGCCGAGCCCUUUGGAGGGCCUCACGGCCAGCUGGGCUUCGGCACCACCGAAGGUCUCGAGAUACGGCCAAGCCACGUUGCCGGAAGUGGCAGGGAUGGCUGUGCCAGGUGCAGCGCCGAUGUCCAGUGAGAAGCGCAAACGUCUUCAGCACAGUGAGGUCGCCCGCUACCUUUGGGGAAAAGAUGUCCGAGUGAAGGGAGAGAAGCGUUACCUCCAGAUGAGGUGUGUCGUACGAGCUCCCAUCUCCAGCAAAAAACGCUGGUCGGGGAAGUCUCCUCCCAGCGCAAGUGAACUGUCCCUGAGAGCUGAGCAACCGUUUGUUCUGUAUGAAUACAUCGAGGAAUCUCCAGUUUUGCUGAUGAACAUGGGGAUGGGCCACGAGGUCUUCAGCUACUUCGUUCCCCGCAAGAAGCGUUAUGAAGGUGAACUUCUUGGCCCUCUAAGGUGCCAUCCCACUCGACUCAAUGGACCCGUGCCACUCUUGGCGUCACAGAUUCAUCUCAAGGCAGGUCACAGCGUCUCGGUGAUGGAAUCCAACCUCCUUCAGGCUCCUCUCCAUUGCCACGAGGUCACCGACAGUCGUCGUUUCUUGUUGAUCUGGAACGGCGAGGAUGAGAAAAGAACCGAUAGAGAAAAGAACGGCCCAAAGGGCCAGACUGCUCAGGUGUCGCAACUCUACUUGCGUCCGUUGUCCCGGAUUUGCGUUGUUGGGCAAGUUGAACCCAUACGGCUCGUGCAAGCUCCCACGUCGCGCGAGUGUGCACAGAUGAGGUCCAGCUGCAUCCGUCACAUGUUACAUCAUGCUCAGGGAAGAUGGUUGAAAGAUUUCAAAGGGGACUUGGGCGAUGAUGAGGUGGAUGAGGGUGAGCAGACGACGAGGGCCUUACGGCAAAACAUUUUGCCAUGCAUCUCCAAAUGGUUUCCAGAUCAGGCCAGUCUAGUCAGAGCGGAGUUUAAAGAAUCAAGAGGUUUGGAUGCUCGUUAUGAUCUGCCGGAGUCCGUGUGUUUGCUGGAGUCCAUGCGCAGGGGUGAAGAACGGCUGCGAAUGCUUGGAAUUGACCACUUGUAUCAUUUCGAUUCGCAGCUGAUGAAGGCACUUCAGGAUUUGGAAGAGCUGGAGCGCAGGAGAAAAGGAGAGCAAGACGUGCUACGCGCCAGAUGGGCUUUAGAACAGCUUCAGCUGGCACCUUGGAACUUGGCCAGCCGAUAUGCCAGCUUUCGGAAGAAGAAGGGUAGCCUCUUGGCCAUUGCAGGCCCAGGCGAUCCCAGCAAUGGACGUCUGGAAGGUAUCAGCUUUUUGCCCCUUCUGGUGAAACAAUUAGGUGACUGCUUGGCACUCGCGAAAUUGUGCUUGGAGAAGGAUGGUGGCCUCUGUCUCAGGCUGAAGCAGCUUGGCUUCAGUGACGAGAGGAUCGAAGCUUUAGGACGAUGGGAUCGGAUAGCUCUCCUUUGCACCAAGCUGGGUCGAGAGGAGAAGGAUUCGCAAGUGUCCUGCGUGACAGGCUGGAGCAGAGUGACUUUGCCAAACCCAAAGCAGGCGACGGCGGAAUUGCGCCAGAGACACGAUCGACUUCUACAAGAUGCCUUCCAUCGGCAGCUCUUGGUCUUGGCUGGCCCAGCCACCACACCCACACCAGCCGUACCUGCGCUAGCAGGCGGCGAGGGUCAGAAAGAUGUGGACAUCCCAGAUGCAGAAGCAGCAGAAGCGGCCUUGAUUGAAGCCUUGGAAGAUUCGCCAAAGGAACCAGUCAAAUCUCCUGAAGCUCGUGAAGAAAGUGAUGACGAUAAGAUGGAAAUGCAACGUUUUCGUGACCAAAUUGGCAUCAAACCGAAGACCUCUGUGUCCACAGCUGCAACCUCUUCGACUGCUAGCGCAGCUGCCAGCGCAGCCACGCAGAUGCAGUCGAAGCCCGUGAAGAUGCUGAAGGUCGUGAGCAUGUCCUGGGGAGCUCUGGGACACGAGCCACAGGAGCGCGUGCUCUACGUCUUCGGCGAAGAGAACAUUCGGCUUUACAAGCAGUUGAGAGGUGAGCCUGGUGAGAAGAGUGAGAAGAGUGAAAGGCUCGGAAGGAGCGAACAUGAAAGCCAAGUGGUACGUCAGGCCAAGCCGGGCACGUCAGGCCGCAGCAACCUGUCCCGAGCGAGUGACUGCAGCGCAACGAAAAGAGAUGAUGAACGUGAAAGCCAGUUAGCCCGAGGCCUAAAGGCUACCAUGCCAGGCCAGGCCAAACCUCGCCUUUUAAAGCGCACCAAAUCUGUGAUCACAGAGAUGAGUGAUUCCAACAAAGUUUCGAAGCUUUCUAGUUGA